GCGAGGGGGGACGGAGCUAGGAUCGCAGUGACGGCUCGCUCGUCGGAGCGCCACUUGUUGUCAAUGAGCGAGAUGGAAUGAAAAUAUUGCAGAGUUCCUCUCGCUCUCCUUCUUCUCCUUGUCCAUGAUGGCGCAGGAGAGGAGUUCCCCCGGCAUCCAGGGAGCCAAUGGAGGCUCUCCCACGGCCUCACAUGAGUUUCUCAGGACAGGCUUUUUUUUUCUUUUUUUUUUUUUUUUUCUUUUUUUAAUGGCCGAUAUUGAUGUAUGGUAAUUUCUCGGCUGGGGGAUCACAUGACACAAUUGCCUCAAGAAUCGAUCGAGAUGUAUAGCGAGCCCGUUUGCGGCUCUUAGCUGGGCGAAGUUGAAGGCGCCGGAGCCGCGCAGAAACUUCCUCCUCCUCCUCCCCGCCGCCGCCGUCGCGGUCCGGCUGCAGACAUGACGGACUACGACGAGCGAGCGUCCAACAUGUAUCUGCCCAGCUGCACUUACUACGUCUCCACGCCCGAUUUCACGUCCGUCUCCUCCUUUCUGCCGCAAAACACCUCCUGCCAGGUGAAUUUCCCCUACUCGGCCAACAUCGGGCAACCUGUCCGGGAGGUCUCCUUCAGGGAUUACGGACUGGAGCACCCCAGCAAAUGGCACUACCGGGGCAACUACGCGUCCUACUACUCCUCGGAGGAGCUCAUGCACCGGGAUUUGAUCCAGUCGUCGUUCAAGAGCGAGCCCCUGUACGGCGGCGCCCACGCCGGCGCCGGCUCGCCGUGCAGCCUCUUCCCCGGGGUGGGACGCAACGGGGUCCUGCCGCAGGGCUUCGACCAGUUCUUCGACGGCGAGAAAAGCACCGCGGAGGCGCCGCCGCCGCUGCCGCCGCCGCCGCCGAGGCCCCGGCAGAAGAUGACGAGCGACGGCGGCGAGGACGCAUCCGGAGACGCCAAAGUGGACGAGCGCGGCGGGGACGCGGCGGCCAGCGCGGACGACGACUCGUCCUCCAACUGCGGCGACAAGAGCAGCCAGCAGACCUCGUCCAGCAAGUCACGGAAGAAAAGGUGUCCCUACUCCAAGUACCAGAUCCGAGAACUUGAACGAGAGUUCUUCUUCAACGUGUACAUCAACAAGGAGAAACGCCUGCAGCUCUCUCGGAUGCUCAACCUGUCCGACCGCCAGGUCAAGAUCUGGUUCCAGAACAGAAGGAUGAAAGAGAAGAAGCUCAACCGCGACCGUCUACAGUACUUCACUGGCAAUCCCCUCUUCUAACACAAACACGCAUAUACGAUAUAUACGUGUAUGUAUACACGCCAAAGACUGCUCCCUUAUGCAUCAUGUCAGUCGCCAUGUACUUCAAACGGCAGUGUGUCGUGCCUACUGCCUUUACAUUUAUUUAUUAAGUUCUCCUCACCCGAUCAAGAACAAACUAUUUUAGCCGACAGUAUUUAUUUGUGUGUAAUGUGCAUUUAAAGCGUGCAUGUCAUGUGGUGUCAAUGUGCCAAACAAAAAUGUUCAACUAAAUAAGAAGCAGCUGACAGGGAAAGUUUGGAGAAAUGUGGCUCCUCGCGCCUUUAUUUCCUCUCCUUACAAACACUGGAUUGUUUACUAAACCUUGAACCGUCUAGACGCGAUCAUAAAAGCAGCAGUAAACGUCUAAAUAAGGGGCUAUUGGACUUUGGAGCCCCCCACCAUCCUACUUCUCCCCACGCAGACUCUCUGUUCCUGCCUCAAAGUACAGUUGCAAAUAUCCGACGAGCUGGAGACUUUUUUUUUUUUUACAUUUGUGUAUUGAUGUUGGAUAUUCAACAUGGACCAACGCGGAUGUGGACUGUGUUUUCUCAAUGGACGUCGAGUGUGAGUGCCUCAUUGUGAUGUGGUCAGAUAUGAUCCAGUGCAAAUUUCACAAAUUCCGUGUUUAUGCAUUUUUAAUUUGAGUUAACCACCGCGUCCACUAUCAGGAAGAUGGGAUAGGGGCGUGAAAUCAGUUUGACGCAGCGGUUAAUUGCGUUGCUAUUAAAGUCCAGCAGUGAAAUGACAUGAGCGACUGUGCAAGUCGUUUUGCAAACUUCCACAAGAGGGCAGCCUUGUAGUUUGGGAGAGUGGCAGCCAAACAACAAAACAGCUUAAUGCUGCUUUCAACACAUGUUGACCUUGGGGUUGGAAUUUCAGCUUUGUACCACGUAUGUUUAAAGAUAUAGAAAAAAAAAAAAUAAUAAUAAUAAUUUCAUUUGAACUUUCUUUUUAACGUCAAUUGGGGAGUGAAUAAUACAUAACGUACAGAGAAGUACUUCCCGAGGCAAAUAUUAGAAGUGUAAUAAAUAUUCUCAGUAUGUACAAUCUUUUUUUUACUUGAACGCACAAAUGUUCCUGAUGUUGGAAUUUUUUUUAAUUUUUUUAAAUUUUAUUAUUAUUAUUUUUUUUUUUAGAGGAUUCCGAAUAGAAAUCCUCUCAUUUAACGUCACACUGCAAAUGUAACAUGCGACAUUGUAUUUUGCUUUAAAACAUAUUUAAAAAGUGUGGCUUCCAAGCCAACAAUUAUGCUCACACGUAUUAUUUUUUAAUUAUUAUUUUCAUUUUGUGUGUGCGUGUGUGUGUGUGUGUGUGUGUGUGUGUGUGUGUGUGGUGACGCAUGUAA